AUAUCAAACCGACUUUUACAUCAAAUAGUCAAAUUAUGAAGAUGUGUUUUUCCCCCGCUUUGGCGAUCGGCUAAAUCAAUUAUUUAUAAUAAUGUCACACACCAUCUGAAAAAACGCUGGCCAUUUAAUUUUUUCUUCCGCAGUGUUGAACUUUUUUUUUCGGGAAAGAGUUAUGAGAGAUGAGAGUCACAAUGCGCGGUGGUUUUGCAUUUUUAUGCUGAUUUUCGUUUCAUUGUUUGCUUUGGUGGGCUUUUUUUGAAAAAAUAGUAUAAAUGCAUUGUGGAGCUUCGAAUCAAACAUCAGUCACUUGAAAUCUCUCAAUUUGAGUAAUUCACAGUUCCCAAAAAAAAAACUUUUUCUCAAAAAACCAUACAAAAUGAAGGUGUUCGUUGUUCUUGCUCUCUGCGUUUGCGCCGCACAAGCCACCUUCUUCAGUUCGGGUGGAAGCUCAAGUGGAUCAUCAUCCUCAUCAUCAUCGUCAUCAUCCCCACAAGUAGUGAAAAUCAUCAACGUUGAUGGCGGUUCAGUAUCAAGCGGUGGAUGGUCUUCGGGUGGUGCAUCAGCAGCUCCAUCUAAAAUCAUCAAGAUCAUCAAUGGAGGUUCAGCUUCAGGCGGUCACGGUUCAGCUUCAGGCGGUCACGGUUCAUACGCUGCUGCCCCAGCUCCAGUUGUGAAUAUCAUCAGGGUUAGCGGUGUUUCAAGCGGUGGUUCUUCAAGCGGUGGAUGGUCGUCGGGUGGUGGCGCCUCUGCUGCCCCAACCAAAAUCAUCAAGAUCAUCGAUGGUGGCUCAGUUUCAGGCGGUUCAUACGGUGGUUCACAUGGUGGUUCAAGCGGUGGCUGGGCCGCUGCUGCUCCAGCCUCAGCCCCACAAGUCAUUAAGGUCAUCAAAGUUGGCUCAGCUUCAGGCGGUUCAUACGGUGGUUCACAUGGUGGUUCAAGCGGUGGCUGGGCCGCUGCUGCUCCAGCUCCAGCCCCACAAGUCAUUAAGGUCAUCAACGUUGGCUCAGCUUCAGGCGGUUCACACGGUUCACACGGUGGUUCAUACAGUGCUCCAGCUCCAGCCCCACAAGUCAUCAAGGUAUCAUAA